GCACUACAGGCUUCAAGGGAGCGUUGCGUCCAGUGUGUGACGAAGGUUCAAUAGAAUUAUUUAAUUGGUCGCGGCUCGGUCUAGACAAUCGGAGGCAGGGAAACUGAAGAGUCGUCACAGCCCAGUUUAAAACCCCGUCAAAACCGACUCACGGGCUCCACGUCAAUGAGAAUAAGGGCAGUAAUUCACGGAGGACGGUCCUCACAUCUCCAUCCUCAAGUUCUGGCGUGGUAACGUUACAUAUCUUAUCUGAGGUAAACUACGGAGAGAGCUUCAUCUGAAGGACAUUUCUCAGAAAUUCAUCACCAUCAAAAAUAUCCGUCCGGGAAACAAGGGACCGACACAAAGUUUCUCUAUAGAUCAUCCUCUCACACACGCACACUUGAAGACUGAAUCACUCUGAAAGCAUGGAGCCCGCUGAGAUGAACGCUAUCCCCAAUGGAAAGGGGCACGAAGCUGGAGAGGAGACAACUGCAAUUGCAAUAAAAAGCCAAUCAGAGGAUGCAGCUCAGGAACUUGUACCAAAUAGCACUGAAAAUGCCAGCACUGACAGAACUCCAGGUAAUGCAGAGGCAAACCUGGCAGAAAGCUCAGAGUUCACGUCCAACGCAGAUGACAAGAAAGCCCCUCACUUCACGGAUUUUGAGGGAAAGACUUCUUUCGGGAUGUCUGUCUUCAACUUGGGAAACGCCAUCAUGGGAAGUGGAAUUCUGGGAUUAGCGUAUGCAAUGGCCAACACGGGCAUUGUCCUCUUUAUAAUUCUCCUCACUGUUAUCGCUGGUCUGUCUUCAUACUCCAUUCACCUGCUGCUCAAAUCUUCAGGCGUUGUGGGCAUUAGAGCUUAUGAACAACUGGGCUUCCGAGCCUUUGGCACACCAGGCAAGAUGGCUGCCGGCAUUGCGAUCACCCUGCAGAAUAUUGGAGCCAUGUCCAGCUACUUGUACAUAGUAAAGUAUGAGUUUCCACUGGUUAUCCAGGCUUUUCUCAAGGUGGAUAAUCCAUCAGGGGAGUGGUAUUUAAAUGGCAAUUACCUGGUCGUCAUUGUAUCAUGCACUGUCAUCUUGCCGCUGACUUUAAUGAAGCAGCUUGGGUACCUGGGCUACACCAGCGGUUUCUCUCUCAGCUGUAUGGUCUUCUUCCUUAUUGCGGUGAUCUAUAAGAAGUUCCAGGUGAAAUGUCCUUUUGAUGAUUAUGUCUAUAACAGGACAGUUUUGGGCUUUAACACGAGUGUGGCGGCUGACCCUGGAGGAGUGGAGAUGACCCCAGAGGGUGACCCUGGCUGCACCCCCCACCUCUUUAACCUCAACUCACAGACAGCCUACACGGUUCCCAUCCUGGCGUUCGCGUUCGUGUGCCACCCCGAGGUGCUGCCAAUUUACACAGAGCUACGCAACCCCACAAAAACAAAGAUGCAACACGUUUCCAACAUCUCCAUUGGAGUCAUGUACAUCAUGUACCUCCUGGCUGCUCUCUUCGGGUAUCUGACCUUCAUUGAUAAGGUGGAAGCUGAGCUGUUGCACACCUACAGUCGAAUAGAUCCGUACGACACACUCAUCCUGUGCGUCCGUCUGGCUGUGCUCACUGCCGUCACACUCACUGUACCCAUCGUGCUGUUUCCUGUAAGGAGGGCAAUUCAGCAGUUGUUCUUCCCAAAUAAAACCUUCUGGUGGCCACGUCACAUUGUCAUAGCUAUCACCCUCCUCACCCUCAUCAACUUACUGGUCAUCUUCGCCCCGAACAUCCUGGGCAUCUUCGGAGUCAUCGGUGCCACGUCCGCGCCGUGCCUCAUCUUUAUAUUUCCGGCUGUGUUUUACAUCCGCAUUGUUCCCAAGGAAGAGGAACCUAUGCGCUCAGCACCGAAAAUUCUUGCUGCUUGCUUUGCCUUUUUAGGAGUCCUAUUUAUGGUAAUGAGCAUCAGCUUCAUCAUCAUUGAUUGGACAUCAGGGAGCAGCAAAGGAAGCAGUGGUCAUUAGGCCUCACCCUCUAAUGGUUUAUGCUUUUUAAUAUUACUUUCGGGUCAGUAGUUGGGUAGGAUGCAUAAUCUCUCAUUGAUCAGCCACCAGAGUAGUACCAGAUUCCUAGCUUUAAUUGCAUUCAAUCAAUCCGUUAUUUGGCCGUGUGACCUGCAUGUGCUGUAAAUGGGGUCUUGACCCAUCUCGGACCAACAUUUAAUCGAUUUAAAGGCCAUCUGCUUCCAAAAAGGAGUGAAAAUAGUUUGUUUUAAAGCAGGGAGACAACAACCAGAGAAGAUAACCAGAACUAGAGAAUUAAAGCCCAUGAUCUUUAGUUUGUGCCAUAGUAACAGCACAUGCAGUAUGCAGGGUUUACAAACAAAAAGGGAUUUUGCAUUCUAACCAAAUGGACUCAUCAUCUUGCCCAACCUCCCAUCCGGCCCUUCAUAUUAUAACCUUUGACCUCUGAUCUUCGGCCACAUUCACAAGAGAUUAGAAAUCUCAGUAAGCGCUCAGUUCUUACGGGAGGAAUGGUGGAUAUUAAAGUGUUUAUUUUAUCAUAUCUCAUCUUAGAUAUAGCAAUACUCUGUGCAAUAGCUGUGAGAUAUCUGAAACUGAAGGCUGUUGAGAGGCGACACACGACCUCGUCCAGAAUUCUUGAAGGAGACUUGAUUUGGCCGCAGUCUAUUACACAAUUUCAAAUGUAUGCAAAUUGUUCAUAUAGAUGUACGUCAAAAUUGUAUAUGGAUUUAGAAUGUUUAUUCUUUCUACAAUAGUUAGAGAUAAAUAUAUUAGUAGAUAUAUGGACAUAAAUAUAUAUGAUAUAUCUAUAUUUAAGUAUUCCCAUUCCACUGGUGUUCCAAAUACUAUUCAGCUAAAAAAGAUUUUGAUUUAAAAAGACAGAAAGGCACAUUUGAAAUAUUCUUCUUUUUUUAGGAAUACAACUGUUGCGAUGGGAAAGCACAGAUUGGAAAGCACAGUUUAUCAUAGGGUCAGGUUCUAAUGAUCCCAUGAGUCCUGCUGACAGAAUGACUUCGAAACACUCUCUGGAUUUAUAUGCAGAGAAAACCAAAAACACAGAUUCACAGGGUCUUCUCCUUUACUGGAGAAACAAAUGUGGUGCAUUGAUGCACAUAAAUGUUUUAGUUACAGGGCAAAAUGGCGUACAUGUGGUAACCUUGCCCGGUGGAAGCUGAUUGGUUUUGCUUCUAGAUAGGCUUUAAAAGAAGAGGCUAUUAACCCAAGUAGAUGGAUGAUUUUGGAGAUGGGUUCCCACACAGGCUCAUUCAGCGAUUACUGAAUCCUUAAACUAUAGCACUUUCAGUUGAAGCACAACUUCUGCUCGAUCUCCUGACCUAGUGACCCAGUUAUGACUUGUUACAUAAUCAUAGAUUAAUAUAUUUUGUAGACAGAUAUAUGAACAAAGCCUAUGUACUACUAAUUGUAAAUUGUACGAAGAAAAGAGUAACGUGCGGACGUCUAACAUGGUACAUUAAUAUUUUAAAGUUUGUAAGUGAAACUCGUCAGCUUAAAACAAAAAUAAAGAAAAAAAUAAAACUAUAUAAAUCAAGCCCUUACUGGCCCAUAAUGAUCUUAGUGGUAACACUGUGGUGUUUUAGUUUGUGAAUGUGUGUGUUCUCUCCUCUUCUUGCUUAUGAAGAAAGAAUACUUAAGUCAGUGAAUGUACUGUAAUGGACUAUAAGAUAUCUAAAUGAAAUGUGCAUUUCAAUUGUGGUACUAUUUUAUUCAUUUUUGACUGUUUAAUUCAUGUUUAAUGGAUAGACCAGCCACACAUAUAGCAAAAACAUCAUAUCUGUGAACCAGUAUUAACAUAGUUACAUAUCUCACUAUCUUCUUUCAGUAUUUUAAAUGUCCCUUGUGAUGCAUCAAGGGCUUGUCAGACAGCAAAGGCACUGUAAUAUAUUCUAAAUUACAAUAUGAACUUCCUUGUUGAAAAAAUGCCUUGUUUAUCAUGGUCGGAAAAUAUAUCGAGAAUUGAAUGAUUAAAUAUGUCUGUAUGAUUGAUGGAGUGCACCAUUGAAAUAACCCACCGAGUCAUUUUUUGGUAAUAAAGCGUUUAGUUGUGUGUUCUGGUGAUGAUGAGAUGUUAUGUAUUUAGUGGUGUAAUGCCUCACACACCAAUGUGGUUUCUUAAGCACAAGAGUGUUCCAUUGUUUUAGCAGUGUGUGUUAAUGUGUGUUCACAUGCCUGAGAACUAAAUGUGCCAGUUGUUAAUGAAUUGCCAGUAUCUGUGAUUAAGUAUACCAGUGGCUCUACAUGAUUCUUGAUUGCUCAAAGUCUGAACAUGUCUUUAAAAGUAGAAGUGUGAAUCUGCCCAGGCUGCAUAUCACCCCGAAAUAAGAUGACAAAAAAUUACUUACAUACUUUUGUUCAGCCAGGAUGCAUUAAAUUUACAAAAAGAUGUGCUUUAUAGUCAUCAUUCACUGAGAGCAACUGUAAUUUUGAUUUGAUAAUGCUUGUGAUCAUUCUUUAAAGAGAGUAUGAUGCUUGUGAGUAUUUUUAAGAAGAAACGUCUCCUGUUUGAAGUAUUCACUGCAUAAAAAAAUGAUUUUAUGAUGAAGGUAGUUUAGGUUUACCAGUAAGAUCUAAUUAACUUACUAUCGUAUAGCACAAAGUACGAAGCUUUAGUAUCAAUGAUGAAUCACGGAUAAAUAUUGUUCCUUUUAUAAAAGUACAAUCUGUUUGCUGCAACCAGCAUUACCAGUGGUGCACCAGAAACUGCCCUGAACAAUAAGAUCCCCCAUAAUGCUGUGCUUCCAUCCCCAGGCUUUCUCAUGCACAGCUUACGUCUGGGCUGACAGCAGCAUUUUUUUAAGCACCUGCAGAUCAUACAAUUAUAUGAUCUCCAGAUCAGGUAUUACAAAGUAGCAGAAGGGGCAAGAAUUUAAUUGUCUUUUUAGCAGCUGUGUACUUGUGUCCAGUCAGCGUGAUGUUUCCCUUGUGAUGUAAUGAAAGUGUCAUCUGUUUGUAACAGUUUAUAUGAAUUCAUUGCCAGCAUUUAUACACAAUGUACAUAAAUGUAAACCCUUUAUAUUAUAAGCACAUCUAUAGUUUGUAUAUUGUAAAUAGUCAGAUGAUGUUGAGUCUGAUGAUUAAAACGUAAUAAUUUUUAAAAAUGCUUUUUAAAAGCCAGUUUAUGUCUUUAUUUUCUUUAUUCUCAGUAUUGAGUACAUUGCUGGCAGUUAAUGUACUGUAAACAAUGUUCAAAUCAAAAAAAGAAUAAAUAAUAUUCAUUCAUUCUCGA